AUGGCGCAACUUUCAACUGAUGCUAUGGCUCAUGCCUCGGCAGUUGCCGAUGACAGCGAUACAAAGCCUAGCUCCUGGCAUGGGGCUGGAGCUGCUGCGUUUGACCUUCGAAGCGAUACAAUGACCAAGCCUACCCCAUCUAUGCUCGCCGCCAUUUGCCAAACGACUCUCCUCGAUGACGUUUUCAACGAGGACCCAGUCACCAACGAGCUGCAGCGUUAUGUUGCCGAAAUAACAAAACAUGAAGCGAGUCUAUUGGUUCUUUCUGGAACAAUGGGAAACCAGGUAGCUAUUCGUUCGCAUCUUGCGCAGCCACCGCAUGCAGUGUUAUGUGAUUAUCGAUCCCAUAUCAUUUGCUAUGAAGCAGGUGGUGUGAGCGCAUGGACUGGAGCCACCAUGCAGACUGUGGUGCCCAAAAACGGGGUCCACUUGACUUUGGAGGACAUCCAGAAGCAUGCAGUCCUCGAUGAUGACAUCCACCAUUGCCCCACGAAACUGAUUAGCUUGGAGAAUACACUUGAUGGAAUGAUAAUGCCGCUCACUGAGGUUAAGCGUAUUGUGGAAUGGGCUCAUUCUAAUGAUAUCAAGGUUCACCUCGACGGUGCCCGUUUGUGGGAGGCUGUCGCGGCUGGUGCAGGAAGCUUGCCCGAAUAUGCUAGUGUGUUCGAUAGCGUCAGUCUUUGCUUUUCCAAGGGCCUGGGUGCUCCCAUUGGAAGUAUCAUUGUUGGCUCUCAAGCGUUCAUUAAAAAAGCACGCUGGUUCCGUAAGUCUAUUGGUGGCGGUGCCCGCCAAACGGGUGUAAUUGCAGCCGCCGCCCAGAUUGCACUUAAUGAAACUUUCGGCACAGACCUCACAGGGAAGAGUGGAAAGCUUGCAGCAACUCAUGAAAAAGCCAAGCGAGUUGCUGACCUAUGGACCAGCCGUGGUGGAAAGCUGGACAAACCUUUGCAAACAAAUAUGGUCUGGCUGGAUCUCGAGGGUUCCGGAGUUGGGCCGAAUGACUUGACUGAGAUUGGCCAGGAAAAUGGGCUGAGAUUGAUGGGUGGUCGCGUUGUGGUGCAUUACCAGGUAUCGGACGAAGCGAUCACAAGGCUGGAGCAAGUAUUUGAUACCGCACUCAAGGGUGAUUAUAAGCGCAGCGAGGAUACCAGCAAGCCAUAUGGAAGUAGAUAG